CUGCACGGCCCCCACGAGCGUAUGAAAGCUGUGCUGCUCAUCGGAAACUUCUCGGGCAGCCUCCGGCCGCUGACGCUGUCGCAGCCGCUUCCGCUCCUCCGCUUUUGCAACCGCUCGCUCAUCUUUCACCAGCUCCAGGCGCUGAAGGAUGCCGGCAUCUCGCAAGUCGUCAUCUGCCACCCGAACAAGGAGGUGCCGGCCGACUGGACAGCGGCCAUCGAGCAGCUGAGCGGCGAGCUGGGGCUCAAGCUCGUCUGCUCGCAAGAGACCGAACCGGCGGGCACCGCCGGCGCGCUCAAGCACGCGGAGGCGCUCGUCACCGACGACGGCACCAACGACGCGCCCUUCAUCGUCGUGAACGCCGACGUGCUCUGCUCGUACCCGCUGCGCGACCUCCUGCUCGCCCACCUCAAGCGCGGCCGCGAGGGGACGCUGCUGACGACCCGCUCAGAGGAGCCGUCCGAGUACGGCGUGGUGGUGGUGGACGAGAGGACGGGAGGCAUCACCCACUUUGUGGACCGGCCAGAGACGUUUGUGUCCGACCGCAUCAACUGCGGCGUCUAUGUCUUCUCGCCCGCCAUCUUCGAGCGCAUCCGCGCGAGCUCGCGCGUCUCGAUGAACGAGCUGCUGCCCGCGAUGGCCAAGGCCGAGCAGCUCAACUCGAUGCUGCUCUCGGGGUACUGGGUCAAGCUCACCUCGACCCGCUCGUACAUGGGCGCCGUCGCGUCGCACCUGGAGAUCGCGCGCUACCUGGCGCCCGCCUCGCUCGCCGAGUCGACGGCGGACUUCACUGUCACCGGGAACGUGAUGGUCCACCCGUCCGCAACCAUCGGCAAGGGGUGCGUCGUCGGGCCGGCGGUCGUGAUUGGCCCAAACUGCCGCGUGGCCGAGGGGGUGAGGCUCGAGUCGUGCACGCUGCUCGAGGGCGCCGCCGUCGCAUCGCACGCCAUCAUCCGCGAGUCUGUCCUCGGCCUCGGCUCCUCCAUCGGCCGCUGGUGUUUCGUCAACGGGUCAGUCCUCGGCGAGGCUGUCGAGGUGUGCGAGGCGCUGCUGCUCAAUGGCGCGACGGUGCUGCCGCAGAAGCAGCUGGAGCGGAAUAUCCGCAGCCCCGAGAUUGUCAUCUGAGGGCCCCGAGAUUGUCAUCUGAGGGCCCCGAGAUUGUCAUCUGAGGGUGGCGCGGCGGCUGCGUGCUCGUGAGGGCGGCUUGGGCGGUCCGCGCCGUGCGUGAGUAGUUUUGAGAACGCACAGUCACACGCACCACGUCUCGUACAACGUGCGAGAGUUGCGUGUGCUCCCAAUAGGAAUUGGGAGCGGCAGUUGUGCCAACUGGCCGCAGUGAAACCACCCCCUUCCCAACCGUCUCAGGGACGGACGCAUUUGCCCCCUUUCAAAGGCGGUUUCGAAGUUGAUGAGACCUC